GUUGGGUUGGUAUCAUAUAACCGAUAAAUAGAUUGGACGUGAUUUAACUCGAGUGUAGAAUUACCAAAGUUCUGAAAUCAAAGAGGUAUAAAUGACUAAGGUAAUCGAGAUUAUCAAUAACUCAUAGAAUUAUAGGUAAUAGAUAAGCCUUAUGCUCUUAGUAAAUCAUAGUAAAACGUGACGAAAACGAAACCUCUUCAUGAAGCUAUAUUACUUAAUUGGCGUUACAAAUUAUCAUCAUUAUCAGCCUUUUAAUGUUCCCAUGUUUGCUGGGACUCAGGCCCUCUGUGAAUCACAACCAGCUCUUAUACGUCCCCGGCUACGGCUUAGGAGCAUGGGCCAUAACCCUCCACGCUGGCCCAAUGCGGAUCGGCAGGUAUUAACGACUACAAAUGCAGCCGGGACCAACGGAAUAUUACAAAAAAAUAUUGGAUAUAAAAUUAAUUUAUUUGAAACAGUUGAUUUUUUCAAGUUUAGCCAACUAAAGAACUUAAACUACUCAGGGAAAGGUUACGAACACUAUUCAUUGCUAGAAGCGUGCAAUCACCUAAUGAUCAACAAUAGAAAAACAUUAUCGAUAUGUAAAAUCACUAAUGUACAUAUUCGCAACCAACGGUGUUAAAAAAAACGAGGAGAUUGUCAUGCGAAUUCUAUAUUGCUAAAGAGUUUCGAUAACAAACGAUAAAGAGUUUUCUGUAACAAGAUCCAUCGAGAACUCUAAAAGCCAUUUAAAAAAAAAAUAAGCUUUUCCAAUAUAUUUUUUCAAAUAUCGAAUGUGAAUAUAAACAAAACGGUGAUAAU